AUGGAUGAAGGAAACCAAACCCACGUCAGUCACUUCUUUCUGCUGGGAUUCACCACGUCUGCCGGGCGUCAGCGACUCCUCUUCUCGGUCUUCCUCCUGGCCUAUUUGCUAACGCUGAUGGAAAACAUCGUCAUUCUCCUCGUCAUCCGGGCCAAAACCCGCCUGCACAAGCCCAUGUACUUCUUCCUGGGCAACCUGUCCUUCCUGGAGAUCUGGUACGUGACGGUCAUUGCGCCCAAGAUGCUGGCCGAUUUCAUGACCCCGGAUAAGCACAUUGCCUUCCAAGGGUGCAUGGCGCAGCUGUAUUUCUUUGUGACCUUUGUGUGCACGGAGUACAUCCUCUUGGCUGCCAUGGCCUAUGACCGUUGCGUGGCCAUUUGCAGCCCCUUGCGGUACCCGUCCAUCAUGAGCGGUAGGUUCUGCGCCCAGCUGGCGGCUGGCUGCUGGGUUUGUGGCUUAGUCACAGCCACCAUCAAGCUGAGCUUCAUUGCCCGGCUCCAGUUCUGCCACACGGACGCCAUCAACCACUACUUCUGUGACAUCUCCCCCCUCUUGAACAUCUCCUGCUCCGACUCCUCCCUUGCCGAGCUAGUAGACUUCAUCCUGGCCCUGUUGGUCAUCAUGGUGCCGCUGUGCAUCGUGGUCACCUCGUACGUUUGCAUCCUCUUCACCGUGCUCCGGAUGCCCUCGGCUCAGGGCAGGCACAAGGCCUUCUCCACCUGCAGCUCCCACCUGGCCGUGGUGGUCUUGUUCUACUCCACCACCCUCUUCACCUACACCCGCCCCAAAGCCAUGUACGCUUACAGCUCCAACAAGCUGGUGUCGGUGCUGUACACCACGGUGGUGCCCCUCCUGAACCCCCUCAUCUACUGCCUCAGGAACAAGGAGGUCAAGGAUGCACUGAGGAAGGCAAUUCUCAGCUCCUAG